GCAGCUUGGAUCCCGGGCAGCAGUGAGUGACAGAGACCAGACAGGACAUACACACAGCUCACAGCUCAGCCUCGCCAGUGAGGAAGGUGGAUGGGGAGCGGCCACAAGGAGUGAGAGAAGCCCAGAGCUGGGCACCGCAUUAGGCACUCAGGGCAUGCAGACAGAAGGAACAGGAGGUGAAGACCAACCUUACUAGAUGCCAGAUUCCAAGUCUUCCUGCCCAUCUCAAAAAGCAAACAGGUGCGUUUUGAAUAGUGUUGGACACCAAUUCACCCCAAAAGAACGACAUGAUCUUUAACUCCUCUACUGAAGACGGGAUUAGGAGAAUUCAAGAUGACUGCCCCAAGGCUGGCAGGCACAAUUACAUAUUUGUCAUGAUUCCUACUCUCUACAGCAUCAUCUUCGUGAUGGGAAUAUUUGGAAACAGCUUGGUGGUGAUCGUUAUUUACUUUUACAUGAAGCUCAAGACCGUGGCCAGUGUUUUCCUUCUGAAUCUCGCCCUGGCUGAUUUAUGCUUUUUGCUGACUUUGCCGCUCUGGGCAGUCUACACCGCCAUGGAAUACCGCUGGCCCUUCGGCAAUCACCUGUGUAAGAUCGCUUCGGCCGGCGUCAGUUUCAACCUCUACGCCAGCGUGUUCCUGCUCACUUGUCUCAGCAUCGACCGCUACCUGGCCAUCGUCCACCCAAUGAGGUCUCGCCUCCGCCGCACGAUGCUGGUGGCCAAAGUCACUUGCAUCGUCAUCUGGCUGCUGGCUGGCCUGGCCAGUCUGCCAGCCGUCAUACACCGGAAUGUAUUUUUCAUCGAGAACACCAAUAUCACGGUUUGUGCCUUCCAUUAUGAAUCUCAGAACUCAACCCUCCCUGUCGGAAUGGGCCUGACCAAGAACAUCCUGGGCUUUGUGUUCCCUUUUCUGAUCAUUCUCACUAGCUAUACUCUUAUUUGGAAAGCCCUAAAGAAGGCCUAUGAGAUUCAGAAGAACAAGCCGAGAAACGAUGACAUCUUUAGGAUAAUUAUGGCGAUUGUGCUUUUCUUCUUCUUCUCCUGGAUUCCACACCAAAUCUUCACUUUUCUGGACGUGCUCAUUCAGCUGGGCGUCAUCCGAGACUGUAAAAUCGCUGACGUCGUGGACACUGCCAUGCCCAUCACCAUCUGCAUAGCCUACUUUAACAAUUGCCUGAACCCUCUGUUUUAUGGCUUUCUGGGGAAAAAAUUCAAAAAAUAUUUCCUCCAGCUUCUGAAAUACAUUCCCCCAAAGGCCAAGUCCCACGCAGGCUUGUCAACAAAAAUGAGCACUCUUUCCUACCGCCCUUCAGAUAACAUGAGCUCAUCGGCCAAGAAGCUCGCAUCUUGUCUUGAGGUGGAGUGAGGGGGUUCAAAGCCUGGUAGUGACAGGAUUCCCUGACAGAAGAAGACAGAGCAACAUUUGGCUGCACUGCUCACUACCGAAAGAUCGCUCAACUUCCACCUCUUCCGGAUUGAAGCAGAGAAGGGAUUCGGUACAUGUUUUCUAAAGCACUAAACAAAAGUUCUUCUCGUUCUUCAAAACAAAUUGGAGCAAAGCCCCCGUUCCCCACCCUUUUCGCUAACUAAACAAUAGCUGCUCCAAAGACAACAUCAGAUAUCGAGGGACUGAACUGAUUUUGGAAAAAAUGUACCGGCAGAAAUGCAACCUCUCCAGUCCCCCUCCCAACUGUGUUACUUUUGAUUAUCACAUUUAGAAUGCAUUAAACGUAUUUGGAAUGCGUCAGAGCUGCAGACUAGCAAAAGCGAGAUUGGAGCUCACCAGCUUCCAAGGGGCGAGGAAGCUGUUCGUCUGCUUAGCUACUACUAGUGACUAUGACACCACUGUUCCCGUCACUAUACAUUUUGUGCCAGAUUUACUAGGCGGUAGUCAUGGAGUUUCAAAACUCUUUGUGGAGUUUGGCCAAUGUCUUAAGAAUUUACGCUGUCAAAACAAUGCCCACCGAACAGCUUAUCUGUAGAAUGGCCCCACUCCAGUCAUGCAGCAAAGCUAAACUGCUUGUAAGGCUGUGAUUCUGCCCAAGGCAAUUGUGUCUUCCUAGUUGGAUCAGUUUUAUUUCCUAUCUAAUAAAUGCAUAGUCUUUGAUAAGCAGAUUUCCCAUGAAGUGUGUCUUAGAAUUCUAAAGAUGUAUAUAUUCUAUGUGUAUAUGAAUAGUUAUAUCUCUAAGCUACUGUUUGAUUAAAGUUUAGCAAAGUUAUAUUUAUCUUGAAAUAAAAAUUUAUCAAAAUAUACUUAAUCUUCACUACUUAAAACAUAUACUGAUUUAUUUAAACCAUGAGUAAACACGAAGAUAUUUUAAGCUUGAUUUAAUUGUAAUGUAAUAUGGGUAGAUAUAGUUUUUAAUUUUUAGUACCUUUAUUUUUUUGUGGUGCACAUAGACCACAGCACACACGUGCAGGUCAGGGAAUAACUGUGGGAGUCAGUUCUUUCUGUCUGCCAUGUGGGUUCCCAGGUGCCAACUUAAGUCAUUAUACUUGGAGGCAAGCUCCUUUAUCUACUGAGCUAUUUCAGUGGAUGCUGUACAUUUUCGAGUCUUACUUUUGAAAGGAUAUAGAAGAAAACACUUCAUUCUAAUGAACAACAUGAAAUAAUCACAUCCUUUUAAAUUUUCAAUGUUACCCUAUAUAACAGCAAAAUCAUCAGCUCUUUAUAACUCAAAAUAAUAACAGCAUUUUACCUAUAAUUUGUAAUGUUGGGAUUUGUCUAAUUAUGUACAUGAACACUGUAGAAAAUUUAGAAGACAUAUAAAAUGAUAAAAUUAUAAAAGUCUUAUUCAGUGUCCCAAUGCACAUUAAAAUUUUAAUCCAUUUGUUUCUGG